ACAAAUUAUGUCCGGUUUAAAAGUGGAUUAUUGUAGGCACAUUUUUUAUAGCAACAGGAAGCCUUGUUGGCAGCAUGUUUUAAUUAUGCUCUGAAGCUAAUCAAGGAAAGAGAAUCUGUUCUGAACACAGGAAGCUACAUAUACACAUUCGAGUGCCUAUUUCCACGGGGCAGGUACAAGUGCUUAAGUGCUGCUGAACUCCCAGCACGUGAGCAAUUUAAAUGUCUAUAAAGUGCAGGCUUUCAUAGGAAGGGGAGGAUCCAGUGUAAGGCACCUGCUUCCUCUUUACACUUACUACUUACUUACUUAUCAAGAGACUCUGGAAAAACCCUAACUCUUUUCCCUGGUGGUAGAGGAAGAGUAAAGAUACUGAAGAGAAAUCACGUACCUACAACAGGGCAGCUAUUUUAUUUCAUCACUGCCUGAUGCUAGCUGCAAACUUAGUAUACCUCAGGCUGGUUGCCAUGAUUGCUGUAUAUGAGCAACUUCUGUGAUCUGUUACUGUGAGCAAUAAGAUUUCCACUAAAAAGUGCUGUUUCCUUAAUUUUUCUCCAUGUUUAGAGUUUAAUUUUUCUUUGUUAUCAAAAGCAGAGGUACAUAUAUUGGAACAGUCACACUUACUCUUUGGAAACUAGACGGUAUGUAAUGCAUGAUACAUGGUAUUGCCUGGUCUGAAUGGGUAACAGCCGUGAGGUGCAUAUACUGCUUCCCAAAAGAGAGCAUCCCAGCAUUUCCAGUAACUCCUCUUAUUACACUGCUGUAAAGUCUCAUUGGCUGCAGAAAGCACUAACCCUCUCCAGAAGUCCCUAAAUUAGAUUGGAGAUUAUUUGAAGCAUACCCACAUCAAGUAAGUUCAUCUAAGUAAACUACACGAGCUCCUACAAUUGAAAUGUCACUGGGAUAUUUGGGGUGUCCUGAAGCUUUUUACAAAGCACGGCAGUAAGAACUUUCUCAGAUUUUAAUCACUAGGAGAUUAUUAUGGAAAUGAAGCUUAACUGGUAUGAAACAAACAGGAGCGAGGCAGGGCUUACACCCAGGACACAGAUGUACCCAACUUACCCAAAUCUCUCAGCAGGUUCAAAAUGUUCCCUGCCCCUGCUGCCCACGGGAUUUGUUUUCUUUGAGUACAUCUCUUCUAUUUCAAGCACUCAGUAAACAUGCACUUUAACUCUUGAGUGGAAAAGGGAAGAAAAGUAUUAUUUGUCUACUAUCCCUGUGUUACAGGCUUCAAAUGAGUAUUUAGCCGACCAGUUUGGCAGGCCUUCCUGGCUUUGCAUUAAAGAUUCGUAUUUGCAGCUUGCAGAAUAAUGAAAGGUCCGUUCAGGCUCUGCCGCGUUGGUGAGGAAGCUCAUGGAUCCCACCUGGCUUUGUGCAGGGUCUGUUAAGCGUCACGGGUGCCCGGAUUUUUGACAUGCUGCUUUUCAAGGGGACUUGCAAGAGCAUUUUGUGCCUUGUCUUUCUUCUCGCUGUAUCUGCAUUCCUGUUUCUGUUGUUGCUCAGUAUCAGUGAUAAGAACACCGUGUCAGGGUUCCGUCGUCUCGUGUUCUUUGCGAGUAGCGGAGGGUGGGCACAAAUAAAGCGAAGUUCUUUAGCAAUGUGCUUGAAAACCGCAAUCCCCACUUCAUACUGCUCUGCCGCUGGAAAGCUGCCAGGAUCUCCCGAAGAAAAGAAUCCCCAAGAUCAUGUUGCUUUUGUCCUGGGUUUGUUAGUUAUCUCGAAACACCUCGGGACGCCUCUGUGGAUUUCUCCUUCAAACUUCUCCCCUUUGAGGAUCUCCUGCCUAGCUACAGUGAUGUGGUUCUUGGAGAAGAUCAGAGUGUCACAUGAAAAUGGAAACCUCCCCAGUUCUUCUUUCCUGGGACUGCCACAAGGCCAAAACCUACCAGAAAAAGCCCGACUGAGGGCUGCUGCUUUUCCAAAUGUGAUCACUCCUGACAGAAUCCCUGAAUUCUGCAUUCCCCCCAGGCUGACCAGCUCUGGCUCCAUUAAGGGUAGUGGCUUCCACCAGGAUCACAGUUUGGUGGAUGCAGCUCUUACCUCUGAUUAUAGCCCCAGCUCAUUUCCACAUCUCAUUCAGGUGGAAAGUGUUGAAGAGGAGAUCGCAGCCCUGGAGGAAGAAAGCACCAAUGCAGACCCACAGUCCCAAGCAGCGCUGUCCUUGCCCCACUUUCCCAGAGCCCCCACUUCCUAUGGCUUCUGCACUUUGCUGGAGAGUCCCCACACCAGGAGAAAGGAGUCCAUCUUCCAUGGUGAUCCACAUGGUGCUCUGCCCAGCCUGAGGCUGUCUCGAUCCAGAGCUAACACCUUCAGUGGCAAAGCAAGUAUGUCUAAUCCCAUUGCUGUCAGCUUUGCUUCUGUGAGACUGCCGCCCAAGCAUCUCUCUCUGCACAGGCAAGGCGCCUGUGACAGUGACACUGCCUCUUCCAGUGAUUCCUCUCCUUUUAGUUCUCCACUUCUCAGCAGGUCACCUCCCAGACUCUGCUCCCUGAUCAAAGCACAAAGUCAGGAGGGAUUGCUCUGCAAAGCACAGAAAGACAAGAGCAAAUACAGCAUGCCCAGGAACAAUUCUCUGUCUACAGAGGAGAGCAGCUCCACUGAUAACAGCCCCAGUGCCAUCAGGAGGGCCUCCGAGGGGCUGCUUGGUAUGCGGAGCUUUAGCACCUCCUGUUCUCCCAUGUUUCCAGUGGACCUGGCCUGCAGUCGGGAGAGACUGGUGGGAGAGAGCAUCGUCGUCAUGGACAAGGGAGGCGUGUUGAGGCUGUCAGCUGAAUACUGCUCGGAGAACGAAAGGCUGCGGAUCCGCCUCAUCAGUGCAGAGGGUUUGUAUGAUGACUCUGUAGAGCCUAAAAACAUAAACUGCUGUAUCUCCUUCUCUCUGGUGCCAAGGAAAACACAGAAGCAGAGAAGCACAGUUAUAAAGAGAAGCAGAAAUCCCAUCUUCAAUGAGGACUUCUUUUUUGACAGCAUUGCAGAAGAAGAGCUGUACAGCCUCUCUGUCAGGAUGAAAGCAACAAAUAAAGGGUGCAGUAUGAAACGGGAUUAUACCUUAGGAGAACGGGAAUUGUCUUUAAUGAGUAUGCUGUCAGUGUAGUGCUUCAAAUAGUCAAAAAAAUUAUCUUCUGAAAGUUUUCUACUAAAUAAAGUUUUAG